UCCAUGGGCAACACUUGGAAAAAACUCACUCCAGCUGGACUGAAGUGACAACAAUAAAUCAAAUCAAAUUAUUUGAUUUAAUUUCUUUGGUGACAAUUAUUCUUAAUUUUGUACUGGAAUUAAUCUCCAUUAUUUAGAAUUAACCGUGGUUGAAUGUGCUGCAAAAUAAUUACACACCUAAACUUUAUUAGUUCCAUUAUUUACUAAAUUGGCACGUGUCCUGAACCAGGUUGCAAAAUUAAUGAAUAUUUCUUUCAAAGUGAAUUUCGUUGCCAAAUUUUUGCCAAAUCUCGAGUGGUGGGAAGUAAUUGACUGAUUCCCGUCACAUCAUGGAGAAUUCCGGCGACGACCUCCACCCUGUCAAAUCUCACACACCGGGAAUUCCCAUUUCAAGGGGACGUCGCUGCGAAAUUUGUUUCCUCAAGUGCCGAACUUUAGGAAUUUAUAAGGACCAUAGGAAAAUGCAUUACGACUGGCUCAACAACAGGAUUCAAUGUCCCACCUGCGACGCCACGUUUAGCAGGCCGUGCUACUUCCGGAAACACAUCUCUAUGAAAAUCUGCAGUAAAGUUCCAGACGAGACAAAACCUGAUUGUUUACCUCAAGAGACGAAAACCUGUGUCAAGUGUCGCAUUACUUUUGCAAGAAAUGAUGAACUACAAGAACACGAACGGUUUGACAGAUGCGCAAAAUCUAGACUUGGUCGUAAAUAUGGUCCUCGGAGUAAUCCGCCUAAACUUGAAACUUGGAAUAAACCGCCUGAAUCACACGGUGACACAAGAGCGUUGAGUAGUAACCGUCCCCCAAGGCUGGAAUUGCUGACUUGUCCAGUGGACACGUGUCGUAGAUCGUUCGACUCGACGUUCGAAUGGGACACACAUAUCAAAAAAAUCCACGCCACAUGGGAUGGGAAGUGUGUCCUCUGUGGGGAAAAAUUUGAGUGUCAGUUCGACCUUAUUGACCAUCUGAGGGGCAGGCAUGGGUCACAGGAUAAAUUUUAUGCAGAAAAUCUCGUCCGAGUUAAGACUGAGCUAAUUGUGGACGAAUUCGAUGAAGGACGAACGAUCAAACUGGAGCCUGAUCAAGACACAAAGGAUGGAAUCCUGCCGGUUGAAAAUUUAGUUUCUAAUGUUUCAAAUACUAAAUGUGAUAAUGAUGUAAAAAUUAAAUUGGAAGUUGAGCAAUUUUAAUUAACAAUGUUAAUUUAGCAUUUAUGUAAAAUUGUGGCGUUGGAUUAAGGGGUAUAAAUAAAAGACGUUCAAAUAAGUUUGAAAAA